AUGACUGAAUUCCAGAUCCCACUCGAAUCACUCACUUCUAUCAAGGACAAAGUCGUCCUCAUAACCGGAAGUUCCUCCGGCAUCGGCAAAGCAACCGUAGCCCUAUGUCUCUCUCUCGGCGCCCGGGUAAUAGCCGGCGACAUCAACCCGCCCCCAGAUGAGUUUCUGCAACAGCACGGAGGAGCAGAGAAAGUCUCAUCGUCACUUCUAUUCGAGAAAACAGACGCCGCGGAUUGGGCGAGUAUACGGAACCUGUUCAUCAAGGGUGUUGAGCGAUUCGGGGGUAUAGACCAUGUCUUUGCGAAUGCGGGGAUUGGACCGAGGAGUAAUUUUCUUGACGAGACGUUUGAGGAUGGUGCGGGUGAGCUUCUUGCGCCGCCGAAUUUGAAAGUUCUGGAUGUGAAUCCUAUUGGGGUGAUUUAUACGGUUCGGUUGGGUGUUUAUUAUCUGCGUCGUUCGGGCAAGGAUGUUAACCAGGGUGGGAGUGCAGAGGGAGGUCAGAGGUCACCUGGUAUAACAGUGACAGCAUCGGCGUCUUCAUUCCAAGACUUUGGCGCGGCGGAUUAUACAGUUGCGAAGCACGGUGUUCUUGGUAUUCUUCGUGGUCUUUAUACGGAUUUGAUGCAUGUGGAUUCUUCGGGGUCUGAGAGGACGAGAGUCCGAUUAAAUGCGAUUUCGCCAUCAUGGACGGCCACUGGGGUUGUUCCUCGUGAUGUGCUUAUGGGUAUGGGCGUUGAGGUUCAGGAUCCUGAAGUUGUUGCGAGGAGCGUGGUCAUGCUGUUUACUGAUUCGGCGCGACAUGGCGAGGUUAUAUACAGCUGGGAAGGGAGGUAUUGCGAGAUCAACCGGUGUGAAGGGGGGUUACUUAACGGAGUAUCUAGGAUUUUGCCGAAUGUGAUGGGCGAGGGGCCUGUUAUGGAGAGGCUAAAGGGGAGGUAG